AUGUGCUACGGCAGAUGCGCGCGCUGCAUUGGACAUUCUCUGUGGGGGCUCGCUGUCCUCUGCAUUGUAGCUAAUAUUUUGCUUUACUUUCCCAAUGGGGAAACGAAGUAUGCUUCUGAAAACCACCUCAGCCGCUACGUGUGGUUCUUUUCUGGGAUCAUAGGAGGGGGAAUUCUGAUGUUUCUGCCAGCAUUUGUCUUCACUGGACUGGAGCAGGAAGACUGUUGUGGUUGCUGUGGCAACCGCAGCUGUGGCAAGAGAUGUGCGAUGCUUUCCUCUGUAUUGGCUGCCCUCAUUGGAAUCGCAGGAUCUGGCUACUGUGUCAUUGUAGCAGCCCUGGGGUUAUCAGAAGGACCAAUGUGUCCUAAUUACCUUGGCCAAUGGAAGUACACCUUUGCCAACACUGAGGGACAGUACCUUCUGGAUAGUUCCACGUGGUCCCAGUGCACUGAACCCAAGCACAUUGUGGUAUGGCAUGUUACUCUGUUUUCUAUCCUCUUGGCUCUCGGUGCGAUUGAAUUCAUCCUGUGUCUCAUUCAAGUAAUAAAUGGAGUGCUUGGAGGCAUAUGUGGCUAUUGCUCUCACCAUCAGGUAAGAGCCCUGGUCAAUAUAACUGCUAAAAGAACUGCCUCAAAACAGUGCCACUACCUUCCCUUAUUUCAUUGUAAUUUAUAUAUUUUACUUGUAUGA